CACAUACUUCAACUUUCACACGAUCAUUAACUCAUUGACAAAGGUACCAUCGCUGAGCCGUUACCGUACUCUGGAGUCGCAUCAGAUUGGCGUGCAGCGGGUUCUCACAGCAUAAGUACAUAAGGCAUAAACACCGGUUGCCUCCUUUUGCUGUGAUGCUGCUGGGCUGGUUGCCGUCAUGCUGGUUCUCUGGAGUCUGUACACAGAAAAACACGCUAUGAGGGCUACACAAGUGACAACGGGGACGAAGCACUCAGACUCGGUCGUCCUUGAUGGAUCGAGACUCGGCCACGGUGAACUCGACCGUCUUGGUGAUCCACUCUCCAUUCUCGUCGACGUUGUCACUGCCACUGCCUGUCUUGACACUGCCCGGGUGGAGGAUGUGCUUCUGAUCUUCUUCCAUGAUGUGUUCUUCCGAAUCGCCGCGCCUUUUCAUGUCAUCCAUCGCAUACAUGGCGGAGCCGUGGGGGAGGUCGUCUUCAAAGCCUGUUCCCAUUGCACUACCGGGUGGCACGCGUCGGCCGGAUCGAAACGUAUGGCUGUUUCCGUAGCUAUGACCCUUGGUACGCGUGGCAGACGGCGUAGUCAAACCCGUACGGAUGCCGAAUACCUGUGUCAGGAUCCGUUCGAAGGUGGCUUUAAGCGGAGGCAGGGAGGCGGCAAACAGUCCGGCGGCGAGUUCGGCUCUACAUUGACUCGAUGUUAGGGGUGACAGAGCAGGCAAAGGGGAUGAACGUCGACUUACUUGACCCAGAUCGUCAGAUUCACGGUAUCCACUGGCGUCGCCCGUCAGCAUGAAUAUAAAGACAACCCUCGGCCUUUUGAGGUAGGAUGAGCAGCACUUACGUGUCGGGUCUUUGGUCUUCUCAUUUUUCGGCAACUCGGUCGCUUUGGCAAUGGCACAUGCGGUUGCUCUUGCUCUGUGUCAGCACUGGCUUGCAGCGUAAAGGGGAAAUAUGCAAGGAAAAAUGACUGACAGUAAGCCGAUAAGAAAGACACUGCGCAAGGCCCAUUUGUUAUACUUGGACACCUUAACCUUGGACAGAUAAAACAGUGGUCCAAGAGUGAACAGCAGAUCUGUCACGAUGUUGCCCACUGUUAUUCUACAUCAGCUUCUGCGUCUCGCCGAUCGUGGCUGCAAAGUCACACGCUUACCAGUCUGGGUAUAAGAGAAGGCCAGAUUCACUCUCUUUGGCCAGCAUUUUCCGGGGAGGUUUUUGUGCCACUCUUUCGCCAAAGGGCUGUCGCUUACUGUUAGCCGCUGAUGAAGCAUGAAAAAACAAACACUGCCCCCUUCUUUUGGCCUUUCUUGCUCUUCGUGGAGAGCAUUCCUAGAAGUCUAGGGAAAACCUACGUGCAGCUUGCAAAUACGCCCGGAACCGCCACCCCGUUGACGAGGAUGGUGAGGACGAUGCAAGCAAUGACCACCAUGUUGAACGCCUUGCUCAAGUGCAGUCGAAUCAGUGUAAGGCCAAUCCCCAGCUUCAUAAGCAUCAUCGCCAUGGCGUUGCAGAGGAUCGCGAACUGGGUGUACUUGAGGAUUAAGGGCAGAUCGUGGGUGAUAUUGACCCUUGAAAUGGUGAGGCCCAGCCCAUGGGUAGCACAGGCAAUCGUCAAGCCUUCACCUGCGACACAUGCUGCCUUUGAAAGGAGCACAAUUUAGUCUCUUACAAACAAGAGAAUUGACACAUCGAGGAGCUGGACUCACCAACGACAGGAAAAUACAGCCAUCAUCCCAGCCAAAGGUCCGGGUCGAGAAAAGUCGGGCAUAACAGCGGGCGAGGACAAAAACCGCCGAGAAAGUUGUCAAGAGAACCGAAACCCCAAUCAGUUCCCCUCUACGGUCAGGCUUAUCCAUGGCAUCCAUUGCUGCUGCUGUGCCUGGUCUGUCGCCUGAAGGGGACUUCUAAGAGGCUGUACCAGUCCCAUGGGACAGGAUACCAAGAGGUUGAUAUACACGGCUUCUUAGGACGGUAUUGCCCUAAAGGGUCACGGAGCCUCAGCAGGGGUCAGUCGUGCUUGAGGAACAGUAGCAUGCUUCGAACACGAGGUGGUGCAGAAAACUCAGCCUGUUGCGUUGAGACCUGGCCGGCCAUGCUGAGCCAGAAUGUGGCCAUAAACCUUGCAACGUUGGCUAAUGCAGAGCCGAAGCACUGGGUUCAGACACCCUAGUCUUGGAUGGUACCUGGAUUAGCCUCUUGCAUGGCAAAUUCCACCCACCCUAAGCAUUGUUCCUCUCAUUCUGUGGCCACCUCGAAACCCAACGAGGCUCAACGCCGAGUAUCUCGUUGGAGAACCACUCCUGCUUACUUCCAAGAAGUGACGAGCCGCAUCCUUCCCGCUGACACUAUCGUCCCCAGCAGGGCCGGUCACAAUAUCAACAAGCGAGACUCGUUGGCAGGAGACCCAUAGUUGGUGAGAGAUUCUCUAGUUUUUGGGACCAUGAGCGGAUGCACAUGAAAACUUCCUAGCUCAACGCCGGUGCAAUGGCCAGAGACUCCGCCGGCCUGGGAAUCCUCCAGUAGCUGACAAGAGAGAGCUUGUCUUCCCCGGACAAGUCUGUGCCCUUGUGCGAAGUCCCAGACGAGACAAUCACGAGCAAUAUUGUAGGAGCACCAAGUGGAGACUCAAAUGCUCUGGCGCUUCUCCUGACGGGUGAUCACUACUGAUCAUGCCCGUCAGUACGACGGAUGCUCGCCUGUCAAAGGGGGGCUCCCUAAGCUUACCGUCGGGACAAGAUUUUCUUUCUCUCUGUCAUGGACCAUACUCUGCAACUGGUUAGAGCACGUCCGGGGAAUGGUUCAACGGUGCCAGUGAAUAGUGGCUUCAGCGUAGGAAAGAGUCCGGCUGCCCUCUUGCGCACUCUAACACCACCGGUCUUUGCCCAGAACCAACCGCAGCCUUGCGUUCGGCGACUGGACCAGGCUUGGAAAACAAACUGUCAAUCCCGCCUUGAAAAGGAAAGGUGGGAACCACUUCAAAUUCUCCAAACCCACUACUGGGCCAACUACUCACCUGGGUUAGAGCAAUUGCGACAGGCCAUGCCCAUGCCCUGUGCGCCUGGGAUCUCGUUUCGAUUUCACAACGACCAAGCCGGCUCCGGAAUGAACCGUGAGUGUUUUGUGAGCCUGGCGUGCUGGCGUACUGGAGAGCUGGCUCUGCGCGAAAUACCCACUUCGGGCGGUUUCCCCAUUAUGCCCUGUUGAAGGUUCUCGCCAGGAACACCAGCCAUUGCGGUAUCCUCCGGGAAAGAAGCAGUUCCUGCCACAUAGAUGGGCGUGCAUUGGGAAUGAAAUGUGCCUGAAUGCAUCCUGGGCACCGUUACACUCCAAACAUCCGACUGAGCUACUGACCCCGAAGGAUGGAUGUCGUCUGGAUCCUCUUCUGCCCUGCACGGUGCUGGGCACACUAUUUCUGUCUAACGGUUCUCCACGAUGGGUCGCCCCUCCAAUACACAGACAAAAUGAUCAAUUUCGCUUGAACAGCCAUGAGAUAGCAUAGUGUCCAGCAAUGGGGUAGACACAUGGCUACAUUGAGAUUCCAGAACGGGGUCUGUUGACGUCCUCAUCUGGAGCUUCAGUAUUUAUGUUUCCCUUGGUCGCCCUCUCCAGAAGCUGCUUGCUUUCCACUUCCCUUCCAACUUGCUUCUAGUCACUCGUUUUGAAGCUUGUUGUCAUUCGCUUCCAUGUUUGCUUCCUUGCGUUCCGGGCUCACGCCCGCGUGGGCCUCCCUCCUGGUUUAUGGCACCCUCGCCGUGGCAUCUGUCUUGCCACGAGACACCGCCGAUGCUGCCAGCGCCGACAGCGCCGACGGUGGCGACUAUUCAGGAUUGAGCAGUUCCGCCCAGUGCUAUGACUAUAUCAUCGUUGGGGGAGGUCUGACAGGCCUGGUUGCUGCCAACCGUCUGUCUGAGAACGGCAGAAGCUCGGUCCUCGUGCUCGAGUAUGGUCCAUUUGAUCGAAGCAACAAGACUCUAUGGCCGGUCAACGCCCAGUCGUUGAAUUUGGCGGACAUGUUCAACAUCACGAGCGCGCCGGAACCCGCAAUGGGAGGCCAGAGAUACUCUGUCAGAGCGGGCUCGGUCCCUGGCGGUGGCAGCACGGUCAACGGUAUGGAGCUUGAUCGGGCUUCCGCUGCCGAUUAUGACUCGUGGGAGCAAUUGGGCAACCCCGGCUGGGGAUGGAAGGGGCUUUUUCCUUACUUCAAGAAGAGCACCGACUUCACGCCACCCACCCCAGAGAUCCAGGCCAAGUACAACUACAGUUGGGACGAGUCGGCGUACGGAAACGGACCUCUUCAGGCCAGUUUUCCUGACUUCCAGUACCCAGACAACUAUCCGUUCUUCGACGCCUUUGCGGAGCUCAACAUCCCCUGGGUCAAGGAACAUGCCGCAGGCAAUGCAGUGGGCUACUUCUGGACUCCCGCAUCCUUGGACCCCAAGAAAAAGACGCGGUCCUCGUCUUUGAAUGCCUACUACGACCCCGUGUCCGGCCGCCGCAACUUGAACAUGCUGACGGAGCAUCAAGUCACUGAAGUUUUGUUCAAGAACAGCAGAUCCCUCGAGGCGGUGGGAGUCAAGGCCAUCAAUCGCAAGACAGGAAAGGAGGUGCAGUUCAGAGCGAACAAGGAGGUCAUCCUAGCCGCCGGCGCCGUGCACACUCCCCAGAUCUUGCAGCUCAGUGGUAUUGGUCCCAAGGAUGUUCUGCAAGCUGCCGGGGUCAAGGUCAAGCUUGACUUCCCUGCUGUUGGAAGCAACUUCCAAGAUCACCCCGUCGCCUAUCUCAACUGGAACUUGACCAACACCUUCCCCUACCCCGGCAUCCUGACUGCCAAUCAGACUUACUACCAAGAGGCAUUGGCACUCUACCUGUAUCACCUUACGGGACCUUUCACCAAAGCCCAAGGUAGCAGCACGGGCUUCCUGUCGCUCCCCAUGCUCACGGACAAGACUUCUUCGCUGCUGGCAGAUCUCUCGGCGCAGGAUGCCACCAGCUACUUGCCGUCUGCCUAUGCUGCCAACAAGGAACUUCUUGCCGGGUACCUUGCGCAGCGUAAGAUCUUGGUCAACCAACUCGGGGCCGGCUCCGUGGCUGUGCUGGAACUUCCGUUCUCGGGCGCCGGCAGCAUGCCCAACGCGGUUGAGAAGCCAUUGUCCCGCGGCACGGUCUAUCUGAACGCCACCAACCCGCGAGGUGAGCCCGUCGUCACCCACUACGCCUUCCAGAAUCCAUUCGACAAGUCGCAACUCUAUGCCAUGGUCGAGUUCACCCGCAAGCUCAUGGCGACCGAUGCUGUCAAGUCGCUGAACCCGGUCGAGACCAUUCCCGGCCCGCAGUACCAGACUCAGGACGAGGUCUUCAAUGCCCUCGCGGCCGGCCGGACUGCCUUUGGAUCUCCCGCCCUGGCUCCGACGUUCGCUCACCCCAGUGGCACGUGCCCGAUGAUGCCCCGCAAGAUUGGCGGUGUGGUCGGUCCUGAUCUGCUGGUGUACGGCACACGCAAACUGAGUGUCAUUGACUCGUCGAUCUUACCCAUCAUCCCGGCUGCUCAUCUGCAGGCCUCGCUGUACGCUGUGGGCGAGAAGGCUGCUGAUAUCAUCAAAGGGCGAGGCUGGUAACGUGAGAUGUUUGUGUCACCUACUCGGUUUGAGUAUACGACGGUCAGCGUCGCUUUCUUGGUUUAGAUAUAGCCCUGGUAGCCAAGGGCAGUGAUCUUAUGCCUUUUAAUUUGAUUAGCGAGGAUCUUGUGAGCGUACACGAUAUGACUAGAUUUGCACAAUAUAUAUCAGCCUCGUGGAUAUGGUGUUAAUGCAAAUUGCGUAUGUCGUUCAAACUCGU